AUGAAUAGAGAUCGGUCUUGGAUGAAUCACAAUGGGAUAAAGGAUAGACGAAAAACCGCGUACAAAUUAGGGGUUGAUGAUUUUCUACAGUUUGCUUUCAAGGAAAUAAGUAAUGAAACACCGUUGAAAUAUCCGUGCUUGAAAUGUAGAUUGCUUUUAGCCCAAAAUCGAAAAGACAUGCAAUGUCACUUACUAGUAUAUGGUAUCGAUAGUAGUUAUAAUCCAUGGGUUAGUCACGGAGAAAAUGAUGAGCAAUAUGAUAAUAGUGAUGAAGUUGACACAGAGGCGACCGAGGAGGUUGAGGAAACUGAAAUUCCCUUUGACGACAUGGCUCCAUUAGUUUUCGAUGCAACAAAUGCGUGGAAUUCAACUUCUUCGGUGUUGGAUGAUAAUGAGAAUACUACUGAUUAUGGUUCAAGUGGGGGCAAUAAUGAAUAUCCAAAGGAGUUAAUGACAUUGGUGGAAGAUAUGGAGGCCGAGUUGUAUCCAGGGUGUACCACAUACAAGAGAUUAGAGUUCAUUAUCUCAUUGUUACACAACAAAGCUUUUAAUUAUGACAAACAUUUUCCUGCAAAUGCUAAUCAAGCAAAAAGAUACACAAGAUCAUUGGGGCUAGAUUAUGUAAAGAUUGAUGCUUGUAUUAACCAUUGCAUUUUGUAUCGAAAGGAAUUUGCGAAUGAAGAAAAAUGCCCUAAGUGUCUGGCUCCUAGAUGGAAGGAGAAAGUUGUGCAUGGCGGUGAUGAAUAUUCAGAUGAUGAGGAUGUGGAUGUCCAAAAGACAACUCGAGUUCCUCAAUUAAUCUUGCGUCAUUUCCCCCUAAUUCCGAGGUUGCAAAGGAUGUUCAUAUCUUCAAAGUUAGCAAGGCAUAUGCGAUGGCAUAAAGUUGAUAACAAAGAUGAUGGUAUAAUGAGACACCCAGCAGAUUCAGAAGCAUGGAAGUCUUUGGACACAAUAUUUCCCGACUUUGCUAAAGAUGCACGUAAUGUACGCUUGGGUUUAUCUAGUGAUGGGUUUAAUCCCGGGGCUAACAUGAGUAGUAGAUACAGUAUUUGGCCAGUGAUGUUGGUUCCAUAUAAUCUACCUCCUUGGAUGUGCAUGAAGAGUGAUAAUAUGAUAUUAUCUUUAUUAAUUCCUGGUCCUAAAUCUCCAGGAAAUGAUAUAGAUGUAUUUUUGCAACCUCUAAUAGACGAACUUAAGGAAUUAUGGGAGUCUGGGGUAAAAACCUUUGAUGCACAUUCCAAAGAGACUUUUAAUAUGCGAGCAGUAUUGUUGUGGACUAUUAAUGACUUUCCAGCUUAUGCUAAUUUGUCCAGUUGGAGCACUAAAGGGGCUCUUGCAUGCCCUAAUUGUCAUUUAGAUACACAAUCUCAUUAUUUGAAGCAUGGACACAAGUAUUGCUAUAUGGAAAAUCUAAGGUGGCUACCAGAAGAUCAUAAAUGGAGGCUUAAUAAGAGGUCGUUUGGUGGGAAAGUGCAAAGGAGUCCUCCUCCCGAUCAUCUAACAGGGCAUGAUGUGAUGGAGCAAUUAACCGGAUACUCAAAUGUAGAGUUUGGAAAAGAGGUUAAUGGAAAACGUAAGAGAGGUGAAAGAUAUAUCGUGCAUCAAUGGAAAAAACUAAGUAUUUUCUACCAAUUGCCUUAUUGGAGGCAUCUCUUGGUUCGGCACAACUUGGAUGUGAUGCAUGUGGAAAAGAAUGUAUGCGAAAGUAUCUUAGGCACAAUUCUUGAUUUAACGGGAAAGAAUAAGGACUCUCUGAAUGCUCGAUUGGACUUAGCAGACAUGAAAAUGCAUGACAAGUUACGUGCAAAGUCACUUGGGAAUAAUAAAUGGCAAGUCCCACCGGCACCUUACUACUUGACUUUGAAUGAAAUGAGGAAAAUAGUAACAUUUUUAUCCAAAUUGGCUUUCCCAGACGCUUAUUCAUCAAAUAUUUCACGGUGUGCCUCCUUGCAAGAUGGAAAGGUAAUGGGAAUGAAAACUCAUGAUUAUCAAGUUUUCAUGCAAGACUUACUUAUGCCGGCAUUCAAAGGUGUCUUAGAUGAGAAUGUUCUAGAGCCUUUACAAGAGCUUAGUUUGUUUUUCAAGCAAUUGUGUUCUAAAACCUUAAAGACCUAA